GAUUAUUUCCAUGCACAACCGACUGAGAAAUGAUGCAUAAACACUUCCUUUGAUUUUUUAUUUUUAUAUAUAUAUUCUAUUAAUAUAAUAAUCAAAGUCCGAGCAGCUCGAACCAUUCACACCUUAUUUUAAAAAACCAAAGAAGAAGAUCCAAUUGAAGAGCAGAAGAACACUGAAAAGAAGAUGGUCGGGACCGUGAAGAACACGCAGAGUUUCGUUGUCUCCAUUGAUGUCCUGCCGAAAAGCAGUUCCGAUUUGUUCGAUGAUGAUGGUCGUCCCAAGAGAACCGGAACUGUAUGGACAGCAAGCGCACACAUAAUAACAGCAGUGAUAGGAUCAGGAGUGUUGUCUUUGGCAUGGGCAAUGGCUCAGCUUGGCUGGGUAGCAGGGCCAGCUGUUAUGUUCUUGUUCUCACUCGUCACUUACUACACUUCGAUUCUCCUCUCUUCCUGCUACCGCUCCGGCGACUCUGUCUCCGGCAAGAGGAACUACACUUACAUGGAUGCUGUCCAAGCCAACCUCGGGGGUGUGAAGGUGAAGUUAUGCGGACUUGUUCAGUACCUUAACCUCUUUGGUACUGCGAUCGGUUACACUAUUGCAUCAGCCAUAAGCAUGAUAGCGAUCCAACGGUCAAAUUGCCACCACAGAAGCCACGGGAAAGAUCCAUGCCAUAUCAACGGCAAUCCAUACAUGAUAGCUUUCGGAGUAGCGCAGAUAGUGUUCUCUCAGAUUCCGGACUUUGAUCAGUUAUGGUGGCUCUCCAUUCUCGCUGCCGUGAUGUCAUUCACUUACUCUUCGAUCGGCCUCGCCCUUGGCAUCUCGAAAGUGACAGAGAAUAAAGAAGUGAAAGGCAGUCUCACCGGAAUUGGCCUAGGGACCGUGACUCCGGCCCAGAAAGUCUGGAGAAGCUUCCAAGCUCUCGGGAAUGUUGCUUUUGCAUACUCUUACUCUGUCAUUCUCAUCGAAAUUCAGGACACGUUAAAAUCGUCGCCAGCAGAAGAGAAGACGAUGAGGAAGGCGACCCUUAUAAGUGUAGCAGUGACAACAAUGUUCUACAUGCUUUGUGGAUGCAUAGGCUAUGCAGCAUUCGGGGAUAUGUCCCCGGGAAAUCUCCUAAGUGGAGGAUUCUUCAGCCCGUAUUGGCUCCUCGACAUAGCCAAUUUAACCAUAGUGAUCCAUCUGGUCGGUGCAUACCAAGUCUAUUGCCAGCCCCUCUUUGCAUUCGUCGAGAAACAAGCAUCAAAGCGGUUUCCGGACAGCAAAUUCAUCACAAAGGAGAUCAAAAUCCGGUUCUUCCCGGGGCUAAAGCCUUACAACUUGAAUCUUUUCAGGCUAGUGUGGAGGACGUUUUUCGUGAUUCUAACCACGUUGAUCUCCAUGCUCAUGCCUUUCUUCAACGACGUACUCGGUCUCUUGGGGGCGAUAGGGUUUUGGCCUCUCACCGUGUAUUUCCCCGUGGAAAUGUACAUAUCACAUAACCGGAUACAGAGGUGGAGUACGAGGUGGGUUUGUCUUCAGAUCUUGAACUUGGCUUGUCUUGUUGUUACUGUGGUCUCAGCCGCAGGAUCCGUCGUCGGAGUUAUGACAGAUCUCAAUACCUACAAGCCCUUCAAGACAGAUUUCUGAUUUCAUACUACACAUUGGAUUGUUUCAGAGAGAAUCCAUCAAUAAUCUUCCUGAUAUUCGGAUCUCUCGUGACUUAAAAUUUUAAGAGUUGUUGUUCAUAUUGUAAUGCCCUAAUUAACCUCUUGUUGUAUUUGGUGUUGAUUUCCUUUUCCA